AUGUCCAUCAAUCAGAGGCAAUGCUUAAAGUUGCACAAGGAUAAGGUAUGGGCAGUUGACUGCUCACAUGGUCUGAUGGCGACCGCAUCAUCUGAUCGUAAGAUUAAACUUCUAAACUUGACUAAGACAGAGGCCCAUUUGAUUGGCGAACUCGAUGAUAAUACGCAUACAAAAUCGAUUAGGUCAGUUGCAUGGAGGCCGAACUCUAAUAUUCUUGCCGCAGGGUCUUUCGAUUCCACAAUAUCCAUUUGGGGAAAGGAAGAAGAGCCUGAUUAUUUGGAAGACUCAGAGUUUGAAUUAUUGGCCUUAAUUGAAGGCCACGAAAACGAAGUGAAAGCAGUGGCUUGGUCCCAUAACGGUGAAUUUCUAGCCAGCUGUUCAAGAGACAAGAGUGUAUGGAUCUGGGAGGCAGAUGAGCUGGGGGAAGAGUUCGAAUGUAUAAGUGUGCUGCAGGAACAUUCCCAGGACGUUAAACACGUCUCAUGGCAUCCAUCAACUCUUUUACUAGCCUCUAGCUCAUAUGAUGACACAAUACGAUUAUGGAAAGAACUGGACGAUGAUUGGGAGUGCGUUGCAGUACUCAACGGCCACGAGGGAACUGUUUGGUGUUCUGACUUUGAGAAGUCGGAUUCAUCAUUGCGUUUAUGUAGUUGCAGCGAUGAUUCUACCGUACGAGUUUGGAAAUAUGUUGAAGAAGAUGAUAAUGGUGAGCAAAUAUGGGUUUUACAGGCCGUUUUGCCCAAUGUACAUUCAAGAGCUGUGUAUAGUGUUAGCUGGAGUUCAGAAGGACUCAUUGCAAGCACUGGUUCAGAUGGUCUUUUAGUGCUGUACAAAGAAUGUAAAGAUGGCAAAUGGGAAGUCCUUGCAAAAUAUGAGGGUGCACACGGCGUUUAUGAGGUAAACGCAGUGGAAUGGACUCGCGUGGGUAAUGAACAAUUAUUGGUUACGGGCGGUGAUGACGGAUACGUUAAUAUUUGGACCUACGACUAA